GGACAUGUUCGGGACAUGUUCGGGACAUGUUUGGGACACACCGGGCGGGGCCGCAGCCCCGGGCCGCUCGCGGCGCUGCGGGGGGCGCAGCCGGCGGGGCCGCACCGCCCCUUCCCCGCCCUCGCCGGCCGGGAGGGGCGAGGCGGCACCGGCGGCCGCCGCAUGGGUCCGGCGAGGCCGCCCCGCCGCCGGGCCCGGCCGGGGCCGGGGCUGCUCCUCCUCCUCCUCCGGCUGGCGCUGCCCGGGGCGGCCGCGGGCAGCGGGGAGGCGCCGCCAGCAGGAGGAAACUGUAGCUUAUUGCAGGAAAUGGAUGUCAUCGAGAAACAGGAUGAAAACUGUUACUGCUACGUGCAAAACAGGACCAUUCACUUACAGUACCUGUGGUCAACUCUUCAGGUAAAAGUUAGCAGCAGAGAAAAGUUCAGGUUUGAGCCUAUUUCAGAAAAAAGCAACUGUCGGAAUUCAGAAACUGUUUUUGAGUUUGCUGCAUGUGCUGUUCAAAUCCUCUGGAAGCCAGAGACAUGUACAGAAACUUCCAUGAGCAUAAAACAAUAUGGAGAGGAUGUUUGUUUCAAAAUACAGCCCUUCAAAACUGUACCGUACACUGUGAGGGUGAAACGAGAAAUGCUAGAUGGAAAGCUCUUGUUUUUGUUUGUAGCUGGAAUUUUUCUGUUCCAUUUUGCAAACAGCCUGAGCAGGAGUACCAAUUUCUUUUACCUUUCUGGAAUAAUACUGGGUGUUCUUGCUCUGCUAGUCCUUGUCCUGUUGACACUUAAAAGGUUUAUUCCAAGGCACAGUACCUUCUGGAUCCUAAUGAGUGGCUGCUGGAUGGCCUCUCUCUAUUUUAUUUACUGCUUCAAAGAGAAUAUGCAGUGGUUGUGGUCUGAACACAGAAACUACCUCUUGGGGUAUUUUCUGGCUGUUGGGAUCACCAGCUUUGCCAUUUGCUAUCAGCACGGGCCACUCACCACUGAACUCAGCAUAACCUUGUUAACGUGGACGCUGCAAUUAACAGCCUUUGUCUUGAUUUACUGUGGUGUCACCAUACCUCAAGUUGCAUAUGCAGUGAUAGCAGUCAGCCUCUGCUCCAAAGGCCUGUGUUACCCCCUUGGUGCUGCUUGUCACAUAGCCAGAAAAAUGAAGACUCACUUUAAAUCAAAAAAGUUAGUGUUUAAAUACCUGACUGAAGAGGAGUAUCGAGAACAAGGUGAAACUGAAACUAUGAGAGCUCUGGAGGAGCUGCGCUCAUUCUGCAGGAACCCAGAUUUCCCAUCGUGGAUAGCUGUAUCCAAACUGCGGUCCCCACACAGGUUUGCAGAUUUUGUUCUGGGAUUUCCCCACGUCUCACCUGCAGAAGCAAAGGCACAUGAUGAGGAAUACGGCAUUGGGAGCUCCUUCCUGGAGGAGCAGCUCUUUGAGACAAGGGCACGGCCUGAGCAGGAUGAUCCAGCCACUUCCAUCCAUGAAGAUGAGGAGAAUGAAGAUGAAAUGCAUAAACAAAUUUCAUUUCCAUAUGCUACUGAGUUGCUCUGAGCUUUGGGAAAUAACAAAAAAAAAAAAAGGAGAGGGAAAACACGUUUGUCCUAGAAAGGAAGGAUACAGGCUGAGAACUCCCACUUGGCCAUUUCUUGUGGUUGCUGGUGGACAAACAAGGAUUUUUGAAAAAAAUAUUUCCUGUAUCACUGAUGUUACCUGGUUAGAGCAACAGAGAAACCAUCGGGGCUGAUCAAGUGAAGAGGAAUCUCAUACUACUGGUAUUUUAACUGGGGAAUCAAACAUGGCAGGCAGCAGCCUGUCCCACCAGGAUGCCUUGUUUUACCAAGGAUACUACCUCUAGGAAACAGGGAACCUGUUUUGUCUCUUUCCGUCCUCAAGUCCUCUGUGCUGAGCACUAGAGGGAGAAGAACCAGUUUUUAAUACUCUGCUUUUAUUAAGUACACUAUGUGUCAACACUUUUAUUAAUGCCAUUAGAGUGCCGAUAAACUGUGUUUAUUGUGAGACUUUUCAUAGAGUUAAUGCAGUUGAACGAGGUUGGUUUGCUCUUCUG